AUGUCUAGUCGAAAUGGCCAUUACUUAAGAACUGUAGUUAAACUUAAUAAGCAUAAAGGUAAAUGUCCAAGAGAAGAUUCGCUUCGAAAGUGUCUUGAUCAAUACAUUAAAGGAACUCUCAAUUAUCGAGAUGACUUUUUUGAUUAUAGUGCUGAUCUUGAAGUAGAAUAUAAUCAACAAAUUAUUCAUUUUCCAGUAGCAUUUGUUCAUCCGAUAGACGUAUUAGAUGUUCAAAAUGCUAUAAAAUGUGGAACAGAAUUAGAUUAUCCAAUUGUUGCAAGAUCAGGCGGCCAUUCCUAUGAAGGUUACGGAAUUGGAGAUAAAGAUUGUUAUUUAGUUGUUGAUCUUGUAAACUUUAAUAAAACUACUAUCGAUAUAACUUCACAAACUGCUAUAAUCGAAACAGGAAAUAAAUUAAAUUCAUUAUAUUACAGUGUAAACCAAUAUGGAUUUGCAUCCCCAGGUGGAGUUUGUCCUUUUAUUGGAGUUGGUGGACUUAUAACGGGUGGUGGUGUAGGGUUUCUUAAUCGAAAAUUUGGAUUUUCAUCAGAUAAUAUUCUUGAUGCACAAAUUGUUUUAGCAAAUGGGACAAUAGUUAACAAUGCUAACAAAUAUCCUGAACUUCUCUGGGCUAUUCGCGGUGCAGGAAAUGCAGGCUAUGGAAUUAUUACAACUUUAACCCUCAAGAUAUACCCUAUCCCGAAGGUGGUAACUUCUCUUACUUUUAGAUAUGAUUGGGAUCAAAUUCCAUUAAUUAUCUCAGUAAUGAAUCAAUUCGGAAAUAAUUUUCAUCAGAAUUUAACUCUCUUAAUUUCAAUCUUUAAAUUCAAAACUUAUAUUGAUGGGAUUUACCUAGGGUCUGCAGAUGAAUUGCAACCUCAUGUGCAAGAAUUUAUUAAAUUAACUAAACCUAAAAGCGUAUCUUAUAGUGAAAAUGAUUUGUAUAAUUUACUUACUCGUAACUCAGGAUCAUUCAAUGAAACUGGAUCUUUUAAAGUAAAAUCAUUUUUCAUUAAUUCGAAUGGGUUAUCUGGUGAAGGAGUUCAACAUUUAAUGAAAUUUAUAGAAAGUUUCGAAUGUGGAUUCAGAAUUGAGAUAAUACUACUUGGUGGUGGAAGAGUUAAUGAGAUUAUGAGAAAUGAGACAGCAUUCGUUCACAGGGGUUUUAUGAAUCAUAUGGAAAUUAAAGCGGUAGAACCUUCUGAAAUGUGUUUACAGAAUUUAAAAUUUUUUGCUCAUCACUUUCAACAAAAAUAUACCAAUUACGAAAGUUAUCAAAAUUUAAUUGAUAGACAGUUGGAUAAUUGGCAAUGUAGAUACUAUAGAGAAAAUUUCGAAAAAUUGGUGGAAAUUAAACGAAAAUAUGAUCCUUAUAAUGUAUUUCAUUGGAAUCAAAGUAUACCUAUUAAUACUGAAAUUUCAUGUUAA